ACACUGACCGUUUCUCUCUUGCUCCACCUUCAACGUCUGCCCUAGAAAGUCCGAAGAAAAAAAUUUUGCCCCGCGUCCCCUCCCUCUCCACCCCCAAACAGGUGUUCAUCAACUCUGUUCACUUACCCCCUUUCUUGCUUCAUAAAGAGCAUUUUUAUUCUCACGAACAACCGGAGUUUAAUAACAAAGCCAUCGUUGUUCAUGAAUCUUUCCCCCACAAAAAAUUCACCAUCGAUUCGUUCUCGGCUUAGACGGCCUUUGAAAAAGACCAGGCGGGCUUCUAACAUACGCUCCAUCACUUAAAAUCUAUCCUUUAGGAAACCUCAAAAUCAAGGAACAAAAUUUCCACUCGUUGCCGCUAAUAGAAGGAAAUCUCGACGACCUAGCCUAUCGGAUCUGGUCUAGUUCAUGCUGUUUUUUCUCGCCGCUCUUGCUUUAGAAUCAUCAACCAUCACGAAAACAUCGUCCAGAAAAUAAGCCCUGACAAACCGCAAUCAUGGCUGCCAUCAAUAUCCGUCGCGAUAUUACCGAUCCCUUCUACCGUUAUAAGAUGGAACGUCUUCAGUCCAAGAUUGAAGGGAAGGGUAAUGGUAUCAAGUCGGUCAUUGUCAACCUCAGCAGUGUCGCUCACUCCUUGAGUCGUGAUCCUGCAUGUAAGUUUUGCUAUCAGAUUCCCCCAAUACAUCGCUGCUCCCCCACCUGCGGAAAGGGAAGUUCGGCAGUUUACUAAUAGUAAAUGCGUAGAUGUUGUCAAGUUCUUCGGGUUCGAGCUCGGUGCUCAGGUCACUGCCAACCCUACUAAUGAUCGAUAUAUCAUCAAUGGCGCCCAUGACGCAGGCAAACUUCAGGAUUAUCUUGAUACCUUUAUCACUAAGUUUGUGCUCUGCGAGGAAUGCAAGAACCCUGAAACCGAUUUGAUUGUCCAGAAGGAUGGGACUAUUCUUCGCAAUUGCAAAGCCUGUGGUCAGCGCACCGAUGUUGAUGCUCGUCACAAACUUUCCUCUUUCAUCACCAAGAACCCACCAAAUAGGGAAAGUAAGGAAAAGAAGGCCAAAGGCUCUAAAAGGAACGGCAAGAAGAACGGUGAUGCCGAGAAUGGCAACUCCCCUAAGGACAGCGGCUCUGAGGAUAUGGGUGGAGAGGCCGAUGGCGGUUCGGAUGACGAGCUUACCCGCCGUAUUCAAGCCGAAGCCAAAGAGCUUCCUACAAAUGGUGAUAGCGUUGAGAUUAAGGAUGACGAUUGGGCGGUUGACAUGUCGGAGGAAGCUAUCAAGGCCCGUGCUCAAAACCUGCCCGACGAUUUGAAGCGUUCCUUGGCUAUCCGGGGUGAUGACGAGGAAGCCACUGGUGGCGACAAUCCCUUCGAUCAACUCGGAUCCUGGAUUGUGGCGCAAAAGGCCGAGAACAAUGGUGAAGUGGACGAUGUGGAAAUUUAUAAGAAGGCUCAAGCACUCGGCAUCGAGUUGAACCAUCGUACUCUCCAAGUUCUUGCUCAAACCCUCUUUGACGAGAAUAUCAUCAAGAAAAACCAGGUCAAGGUUCACGCUGGCCUUCUCAAAAAGGUUCGUGUUCCCAUACGCAUACACCGAAAUCACCCAGCUUACAGACUAUUUAGAUGAUCACUUCUGAACGCCAUGAAAAAGCAUUCUUAGGAGGAACAGAGCGCUUCGUGGGCAUUGACCACCCGCAACUCAUUUCGGCUAUCCCUACCAUUCUUAUGGCAUACUACGAAAACGAUCUUGCCUCAGAGGAUACUAUCACCAAAUGGGGUAGCAGGGCCAGCCAGAAGUACGUCGAUGUUCCGACAAGCAAGAAAGUCCGCAAGGCAGCAGCGCCAUUCCUCACUUGGCUUCAGGAGGCGGAUGAAGAUGGUAGCGACGAUGAUGAGGACGACGAUGAGUAGGGAUGCGGCUUACAAAUCGCACAAGCACUGACUAUGUUAGUACUUGGAGCCGAUGGCAAGCUUGCAUUUCAUGGUUGUUCCAACUUCAAUGCUAUUUUUCUGUUUGAAACGUCUUGACAAUUUCUAUUUCUCUCCUUCCUGUUUUCUUCCCUGUCAACGGCAUAUCAAUGCUGCGAGUGUUAUUUUAUGUGUUUUGAAAUUCAAUGUUAUGUAACGAAAGCAAAAUUGCAAAUGGUAAUGUCAAGCUCCAAUAUAGGUGUUAAACUGGUAUAGUUCUUGAACAUUCUUCAUCGGUGGUCACUCAUUGUAUCGCAUCGCAACGACACACCAAAGCAAUACCAAAAUGAGGGGAAGAAAAAGGUUGGCAUGAAUAAUUCAUGUCCACCGUGCCAACACCCUUGCGAUCCAACAUGAAAAUAUGUCUUCAAGUAGCUGAGAAUCUAGGCAAGCUGUAGCUGUAGCAUACUGUGGUAGUCCGUAUCAUACCAUAGCAAACACUACACUCGAGAACCGGGAAAAACUUACCGUGAGCCCAGAGGCAAACCGAAAGUGACGGCUGCCCCCACACAACACUAUUAGACAUUCGAGGUUGUUGAAGUUGGCUCAAUCAAAUAAAGUGCCGUAAAGUUUAAAGAACCCUUAUAAAUCCGGGAUGACUUCUGCUCCUUGCUGAUUAGCUUUUGUAGCCCGGAGCCCAUUCUCUCUCUCUCUCUCCAUCUGGUGUUCCUCCGGCCCUUUUGUCCAAA